ACCUCAUCUGAUUUAUAUUUUCAUUUACCGAGUAUUUUUCUUUCAUUUUGCUCUCCUACUUAUGUGCAUGCAUAUUUAUGUGUAUCGAUGUGAUAGAAGUUGAAGUCGAGCGGAGGAUAGAGCCUGAAGACGUUGACGAUGAAGACGAUGACCAGUAUGAGAAUGACGGUUUCUUAGUGGAUGAUCUUGAAGAAGAUGAGGUCGGAGAGGACAGUGAUGAUGCUAAGCAAAAGAAGAGGAAGAAAAAGAGAGAAUCAAACAAGACUUAUGUUCUGGAUGAAGAUGACUAUGAGCUCCUUCAAGAAAACAUCCCUGGCUAUCAUCGCCCAAAACUUGAAAGUGAAAACUUCAAGCGGCUGAAGAAAGCAAGGGUUGAUGGUGAUGAAGGACCAUCAGCGGUUUUUGGUAAGGAAGAAUAUGACAGAAGUGGAAUGGCUAAGGAGAAGCUAACACGUACUUUAUUUGGGGAUGAUGAUGGUGAUAGCUCUGAAGAUCUGCUGGAUGAGGGGAAGGAUGCUUUGCUCAGUGAGGAUGAAAUGGCCGAUUUCAUUGUUGAAGAAGUCGAAAAAACUGAACCUGCUGCUCCAUCGAGGAGUGUCAAGGCUAACAAGAAAAAAUCAAAGAAGUCUGCAGGACACUCCUCAAGGCAGAGUGUUAAUGACAUAUUUGGUGGUCUUGAUGACAUCUACAAGUUGGGGCCAGAAAAUGUUAGCAAAUAUAGUGAACCCAAUGAAUCGAAGGAAAAAAAGGUUGAAGAUGAAUUUGAACCAAUUCUUGUUCCAGAGAAGUACAUGACCAAGAAGGAUGAGCAUAUCAGGGAGACAGAUAUUCCAGAAAGAAUGCAGAUUUCUGAGGAAACCACUGGUCCUCUACCACCACAUGAUAUGAGCAUAGACAGGGAGAGCAUCUGGAUUCUUAAUCAAUUCAAAAUGCGCAUGGUACCUUGGUUUCACAAAGGAGGUAAUACAAGUACAACAACUGAAGAAGGAAAUGAGUUGCCUAUACUUAAAGACGAUGUUAAAAGGUUUUUGGAGCUUGUGCAUGUUCAGAAAUUAGAUGUUCCUUUUAUUGCUAUGUAUAGAAAGGAGGAGUGUCCUAGUCUUUUUAAGGAUAUACAAGUAGCUGAUGAAGAGAAUCAAGAUUUCUCUGAUGAUAAACCCACGCUGAGGUGGCACAUGGUGGUUUGGGCUAUCAUGGAUCUUGACAGAAAGUGGUUGCUAUUUCAAAAACGAAAAGGUGCUUUACAAAUGUACUACAACAAGCGAUUUGAUGAAGACCGAAACAUAUACGAUGAAACACGCCUUCAUUUAGAUCAAAAGUUUUUUGAGUCGAUUAUCAAGUCACUUAAUGUAGCAGAAACUGAAAGGGAAAUUGAUGACGUGGACUCAAAGUUCAACCUCCACUUCCCGCCAGGUGAUGUUGUAGAUGAAGGAGAAUUCAAGAGACCAAGAAGAAAAUCACAAUAUGGGAUUUGCAGUGAAGCUGGAUUGCGUGAAGUUGCUUGCAAAAUCGGCUAUAGUUCUGAAGAAUUUGGAUUAUUGAUUUCUCUUGAACAAAUGAGAAUGGAUGAACUUGAGGAUGUUGACGAAACACCAGAUGACGUGGCAUCAAAGUUUGCAUGUCAAACAUUUGAGAAUCCACAAGCUGUGCUCAGAGGAGCUAGACACAUGGCUGCACUUGAGAUUAGCUGUGAGCCAUUUGUCAGGAAACAUGUUCGGGGGGUAUUUAUGGAAAAUGUAACAAUAUCAACAAGUCCCACUGCUGAAGGGAAGGCGACCAUAGAUUCCCAUCAUCAGUUUGCAGGGAUUAAGUGGUUAAAAGAAAAACCUCUGACAAAAUUCGAUGAUGCACAGUGGCUUCUUAUUCAAAAAGCCGAAGAGGACAACCUGAUUCAAGUUUCAAUCAAGCUUCCCGCAUCUUCACACGAUAAAUUAAUAAGUGAUGCUCAGGAGUAUUAUGUUAGUGGUGGUGUGAGCAAAUACACACAGUUAUGGAAUGAACAAAGGAAACAAAUAAUCAAAGAUGCUUUUGAUGGUUUUCUUCUACCUUCCAUGGAGAAGGAAGCAAGAUCUUUAUUGAGAAGUAGAGCAAAAAGCUGGUUGUUAAUGGAGUAUGGAAGGAUAUUAUGGAAGAAAGUCUCGGUGGGGCCAUAUCAGAAGAAGGGACAAGAUGGGAAUAUAUCAAAAGUUCCACCGAGAGUCAUGGCAUGCUGCUGGGGUCCCGGAAGGCCUGCAACCACUUUUGUGAUGUUGGAUUCAUUUGGUGAAAUUGUUGAUGUUUUAUCUGCUGGAUCUCUUAGUAUCCGUGGUCAAAAUGUGAAUGAUCAACAAAGGAAGAAAAACGAUCAACAACGGAUUGUGAAGUUCAUGAUGGAUCACAAACCUGAUGUUGUUGUUUUGGGAGCUGUGAAUGUGCCUUGCAGCAGGCUGAAAGAGGAUAUUACCGAGAUAAUUCAGAAGGCGCUAGAAGAUAGUUCAGAAGAUGGACUGAGCGUUGUGUAUGGCGACGAGUCUCUACCCCGUUUGUAUGAAAAUUCAAAUAUAUCAUCUGAGCAGUUUCCGUCUCAAUCUGGCAUUGUGAAGCGUGGUAUUGCACUUGGACGAUACCUUCAAAACCCGUUAACAAUGGCUGCAACUCUUUGUGGGCCCGGGAAAGAGAUAUUAUCAUGGAAACUUAGUCCUUUAGAGAGCUUUAUGACUUCAGAUGAGAAGUACAGCAUAGUUGAACAAAUCAUGGUAGAUGCAACCAACCAAGUUGGGGUGGAAAAUUUGGCCAUAACCCACGAAUGGUUGUUUGCUCCUCUACAGUUCAUAUCCGGGCUGGGACCCACAAAGGCCGUUUCUUUUGCAAAGAUCUUUAAUUCGGUCGGGUUCGAUAUGCACCCGGAAGGAUCUGUUGACCCAUGGUCUUGGCAGAAAAGUGUUUAUAAAUUCGCUGAGGAAUUGGCUAAAGAGAUUUAUCGUGCAGAUGCCCAAGAUGAUGUAGCUGUGAAUGAUGACAAUGAUGAUGAUGAUGAUGAUGUCAUCGAGACAGCAAUGGAGCACGUGAGAGAAAAUCCAGACCUAUUGAAGAGUCUUGACAUCGACUCAUAUGCCAAAUCCAAGAAACGGGAAGAUAAAAAAGAGACUUUUAACCUUAUAAAACAAGAACUGAUAAACGGGUUUCAAGAUUGGCGAAGAGAGUAUGUAGAACCGAGUCAGGAUGAGGAGUUCUUGAUGAUUUCCGGGGAGACGGAGAGCACGCUUUCGGAAGGAAGAAUCGUGCGGGCUACGGUCCGGCGUGUGCUACCUCAGAGGGCGAUAUGUAGUCUUGAGUCCGGGCUGAGUGGUAUGCUCAACAAGGAAGAUUAUAGUGAUGAUUUAAAUGAUGAAGAGUUGACUGAUAAGUUAAAGGAAGGUGAUGUUUUGACUUGCAAGAUAAAGUCAGUUGUGAAAGAUAGGUAUCAGGUUUACCUUAGUUGUAAGGAAAAUGUUAUGAGGAGUAAUUGGAUGUCACAAAAUGACAAACCCGUGGAUCCGUAUUAUAAUGAAGUUCGCGACAGUUCAGCAGAAAAGCCUCCGACUCCGAGUAGUAGUAGUAGUAAAGUUAAGGAGAUAACAAAGAAGCUUUUCAAGCCAAGAAUGAUUGUUCAUCCUCGCUUCAAGAAUGUUACUAUAGAUGAAGCCAUAGAGUUACUGGCGGAGAAAGAAGCCGGUGAGAGUGUUUUCCGCCCUAGCUCUCGUGGAGCCUCAUAUUUAACGUUAACACUCAAAGUCUACAACGGGGUGUAUGCUCACAAGGACAUUCUAGAAGGUGGAAAAGAGCAUAAGGACAUUACAAGCUUGCUUCGUCUUGGGAAAACACUUAAAAUAGGAGAGGAUGUGUUUGCUAACCUUGAUGAGGUAAUUGCGGGAUAUGCGGAACCCUUGGCAGGACAUUUGAAGAAAAUGUUAGGCUACCGAAUGUUUAAGCAUGGGACAAAAGCUGAAGUAGAUGAGAUAUUGAGGAAGGAAAAGUCGGAGCACCCUUCAAGAAUUGUUUAUUCUUUUGGUGUUUCUCAUGAACACCCGGGAACAUUCAUUCUGACAUACAUAAGGACUUCGAAUGCGCAUCAUGAGUAUAUUGGAUUGUAUCCAAAAGGGUUUAGAUUCCGGAAGAAUAUGUUUGAGGAAGUUGAUCGGUUGGUAGCAUAUUUUCAACAACAUAUUGAUGAUCCCCGUGAACGUCCUGGGGAUUCUGCUGGUUGGGGCGGUGAUGGUGAUGGUGAUGGUGGUGGUGGUGGUCGUGGCCGGGGAAGAGGAGGAAGAGGUAGGGGACGGGGAAGAGGGCGUGGACGUGGCAGGGGAAAUGAUUCUGAGAAUGAAAACCAGGAUUCAGGUUAUGGAGAUGGUGGUGGCAGCAGUUGGGGUGGUGGUGGUGGUGGAGGUGGCGGGAGUAGCUGGGGUGGUGGUGCAAGUGGUGGUGGCAGUUGGGGACAAAAGGCUUCUGAUUCAGGUGAUGCCAACAAGGAUGCAGAUGAUAGUGGGUGGGGUGGCAGCAAGAAAAGUACUCAGGCAGGAGAUAGUGGUGGAUGGUCUGGUGGUGGUGGUGGUUGGGGACAGAAAAGUAACGAUUCUGGUUCGGGAGAUGCCAACAAGGAUGCAGAUAGUGGUGGGUGGGGUGGCACUAAGAAAAGUACUGAUGGUGGUGGAUGGUCUGGUGGCGGUGGUGGUGGAAGUUGGGGGAAGAAGAAUAGUGGCGCUGAUGAUUCAAACAAGGAAGCUGAUAGCGGUGGGUGGGGUGGCAGUAAGAAAAGUACUGGUGGUGAUGCAGGUGGCGGAUGGUCUGGUGGUAGUGGGGGUGCAAGUGGCGGUGGCGGUGGCGGUAGUUGGGGACAGAAGAAUAGUGGUGCUUCUGGUUCAGGCGGUGCCAACAAGGAUGCAGAUAGUACUGGGUGGGGUGGAGGCAAGAAAAGUGCUGGUGGUGAUGCAAGUGGUGGUUGGUCCGGUGGUGGGGGUGCAGGUGGCGGUGGCAGCAGUUGGGGACAGAAGAAUAGUGGUGCUUCUGGUUCAGGCGAUGCCAACAAGGAUGCAGAUAAUACAGGGUGGGGUGGCGGAAAGAAAAGUACCGGUGGUGGAUGGUCCGGUGGCGGUGGCGGCAGUUGGGGACAGAAGGAUAAUGGUACUUCUGGUUUAGGCGGUGCCGACAAGGAUGCAGAUAGUACUGGGUGGGGUGGCAGCAAGAAAAAUACUGGUGGUGGUGCAAGUGGUGGAUGGUCUUGUGGAGGUGCAAGUGGCGGUGGUGGUGGCAGUUGGGGGCUGAAGAAUAGUGGUUCUUUUGGUUCAGGUGAUGGCAACAAGGAUGCAGAUGGCACUGGGUGGGGUGGCAGCAAGAAAAGUACUGGUGGUGGUGCAAUUGGCGGAUGGUCUGGCGGUGGUGGUGCAAGUGGUGGCAGUGAUGAUGGUGAAAGUGGUGGAUGGUCUGGUGGUGGCGGUGGCCGUGGUGCAAGUGGUGGAUGGUCUGGUGGUGGUGGUGGCGGCCGUGGUGGUGGCGGUGGAGGCCGUGGUGGAUGGUCUGGAGGUGGUGGUGCAAGUGGCGGCAGUGAUGGCGGUGAAAGUGGUGGAUGGUCUGGUGGUCGCGGUGGCCGUGGCGCAAGUGGUGGAUGGUCUGGUGGUGGCCGUGGUGGAUGGUCUGGUGGUGGCGGCCGUGGUGAUGGUGGUGGUGGAUGGUCUGGAGGUGGUGGUGCAAGUGGCGGCAGUGACGGCGGUGAAAGUGGUGGAUGGUCUGGUGGUGGCGGUGGCCGUGGUGCAAGUGGUGGAUGGUCUGGUGGUGGUGGCCGUGGUGGAUGGUCUGGAGGUGGUGGUACAAGUGGCGGUGGCGGCAGUGCUGGUGGUGGUGGUUGGGGUUCGAAGAAUAACAGUGCAUCUGGCUCAGGUGACGCCAACAAGGAUGCAGAUAACAACAGUGGAUGGGGUAAGAAGAGCUCUGGGGGUGGUGGUUGGUGAUGGUAAUGGUAAGGGUAAAUCUGGUAUAUCUUAUUUUCUGACUUGACUUUUCUUUUAGGAUAUGUUUUAAUGUUUAUGUGGAAACUCAAAUCCUAUUUAUGCUACCUGUCUUUUGUUGAAAUCAAAUCCCAAUGCGUUAUGCGUUCACAGUGGCUC